GGAAAAUUAUUAGUGAAUUACUGAACACUUAUUGUGCGGGUAGCAACUAGCAAGUGCCUAGAGUAUAAAAGUCAGUUAUGGUCACUGGACAUUGGAUAACCAAGAAACUCUAUGGUUUGUAGAAUAAAUGACAUUGACAUAUGCUGUGUCCGCCAAAGUCCGUCCGUCAAAUAUUGUAAAUAAGUGUACCUGUAUAUAUGCAUUAUUUUGGUGGAUAAAAAUUACAAAUUAAAAAAAAUAUGAAUUACGUAGAAGAUAUAGUUGAGUUAUCAGAAAACGAUGAUGACGAUGAUUGUGUUUUAGAGUCGGUGAUAUAUGAAGAUGCAAAUUUAAAUAAAUCUGUUAAUGAUAAACAUCCAUUAUUCACUGAAUUUAUGGAAACAUGUUUUAAAUUAGACAAUUCAGAAGAAAUGAUAAGAGUUAUCAAUAGAACAUUAUUGAAAAUUUAUAGGAAAACAGAUGUAAGGUUUAUAGAAUCACAAGUGUUUAAAAAAGCUUUGAGAAGAGCGAAUAACCUUCUAAAGACAGAACCAAAUUAUAAGUAUUCCCACAUAAAAGACUUGUGUAAUAUCCUUAGGUCAAGUAACACCAAAAAAAGAGUACAACUUAUAACUUUAACUAAUAAUAUCAAAGAAAAUAAACUACGAUCAUUAUCAUGUAAAAGAAAAAGUGUAAAUGCAGGGAAUAUUAAAAGACAGAAAAUGGACAUUAUAGAUUUAGAUUAUGUUGAAGAAGCUUCAACAAAUGGGCAAGAUAAAGAUUCUGAAAGAAAUUCGAUCUCAAAUGAUAUUUUGGUUUGCGGAGAGAAGGAAAACAGUGAUAUUGGCAGUCCAAGCAAAAUUACUGAUGAUAAUAAUCUUCUCAUACCCCAUAAAGAAUUGGAAUAUAAUAUAAAUUUACAAACUAAUGAUAAUGAAAAAAUUAAAAAAAUUGAAGAAGAGAUAGCAUACUGUAAAAGGGUUAUAGCUCGGUUAGAUGAGACAGAAGUUUGUAUUGAUAGCAAGAAUUCCCCUUAUCUUAAGUGUGAAAGGUUUAAAGCUCGUAUAGUUAAGCUAUAUAAGGAGCUGUGUAAGCUAACCGGGGAAGUACCGGUGAGAAAGUCGAUAAUACACUUAAAAGUGAGAGAUGGCCACCCGGCAGGUCCUGUGCGGAGGUUGGAAAGGUUCCUUAAUAGAAAUGUUGGCAGUGAUGGAAAUCCAAUGUUUCCAAACUUUCGUGAUGUUGUCAAAUGUGUGCUGAAAGCAAAUGAGAAAGAAAAUCUUGGAUGGAGUAAGCAGCAAAUCAUGAAAGAAGCUAGUGCACUGUUCACACAUUGUGGUCGUGCGCUGCAGAAGCGGCGGCAGAGGCGGGAGUGGCGCGACUUGCUCAGCAAGGUGAAGCUGGAGGAGUGUGACGACCCCGCCGACCGCGACCCGGAGCUGCUGGCGAGGCUGGACGCGAACAAGCGCGCCGCCGUGAAGAAGGAAAAGGAGAUACUCGAAAGGUAUACAAAGAUGCAAAAUAUGCCACCACAAAGAGAUAUAUCAGUAUGGAAUCAAGUAAAAGACGAUGAUGAAUGUUCUCACAAUUCGGAAAGCGAUUUUGACAUAUCGUCUGAUGAAAGUGAAGACGAAGAUUUACCAAAUAAUAGUUUAAAACAAAUAGCAUCUACAAGUAAGGAAAUACAUCAAGAAGACAUUAAUUUAAAUAAUGAUAUAACAGAUAGAAUUCAUGAAGUUGAAGCAAAUGAUUUGUCUACUAUAAAGGUUAAAAAGGAACCAGAGUUGAGCCUAAAUAAAAUUUUAGAAGAGCUUGGUGAAAAUCAUACGACACAUGUAGAGAUUGAGGAUCCGUUUGUUACUAUUGAAAUUUCGGACGGCUCUUCCGAAUCCGAUGUAUGACAAUUGUUGAGAUUAUUUAUGUUACAUUUUUUUAUUAUUUUAAUACAUAAAUUAUGGAUUAAUAUUUUGUUUAAUUAAUAUUUUUUAAAAUUAAAUAAUUUAUAAGGCAAAUAAACAAUUUUCUACCGAC